AAUGAUUUAAGGGGCGUAACUCUGUGUUAAUUUCGAGAUGAAACAACACGUCAGAUUAAAUUUCAGAUGCAUUUGGAGACAUUUGUAGCAUUUAUCAUCUUUUCUUUGUAUUCGAUAAACAGUUACUGUCAUGGAAGUAAAGUCAAACUUGCCACGACACCAAACAUCGACAUACUAGAAUAUGGAGAUGCAGUGUUUAUGGAAGUUGUUGAACCUGAAGUUAUCAGUUAUCUUUUCAAACUGAGAAGAGCCAAGAACUUUGGGGCUGAUUUUGGCAAGCAACACUUUGGGAUAGCCUUAGUACCAGGUGAUCCAUACCAUGGAUGCAGUCGUCUUAAUAACUAUAAUUUGGUAGCUAACUCUGUUGUUCUUUUACAGAGAGGAGGUUGUUCCUUUGUUACAAAGACCUACCAUGCAGAGCAGGCUGGUGCUGUAGCUGUAGUGAUAACAGACCAAGAUGAGGCAAAUGAUCAGGGUAUUGUAGAUAUGAUACAAGAUGGAACAGAAAGAGAUGUCUCAAUACCAGCAUUAUAUCUCUUAGGGAAAGAUGGAUAUAUGAUCAAGAAAACUAUUGAACAAUACAAUCUACCUAAUGCAGUAGUCAAUAUACCUAUCAACAUUACCUCGAUUCCUAUACAGCAGAGGCAUAACAGACCACCAUGGGUGUUAUGGUGACGAAUUAUCUCCCUUUCUUAUCAGUCCCAACUGUAGAAUUAUAUAUCAAAUCUCUGUGAUCAUUGUUGAAUUCCAUUAAACUGUGUUAAUUAGUAACAUAAUUUUGAAAAAAGUACAGAUUUUUUUUUUUAAAUUGACAGUUUGAAUAACUCUGGAUGGGAUCAAAGUUUUGUAAAAUAAAGAAAAGUAUCAUUUGUUAUUUUCAUUAAUAAUAAUUUAUUUAUAAAAACAACCAGAUAAAAAUUUGAAGAGCUAGUAAUUAUCACUCUAACAUCUCAUUAGUUCUAGAUUCUAACAUGAUCAAGCUCCCAACUAUUCUUUACCUUCUUCUUACCAUCCUUUUCUUUUUUUUAAACUUUCUUUAGAACAUGUCUAUUUCUGUGGUUAUUUCAAAUUUUGAUAGCAUUUCCUGAAAUUGUGAUAAUUGAUUUCACAUUUUUGUCCAUUGUCCAACAGUGGCAAUAAUAAAUGCCUGGAUUUACAGUAUUUUCUUAGACUAAUCAAAGGCCUGUAUUUCACAUGUUUUCAUGGUUUUUAUUGCCAAACUUAGCCCUGCAUUAGACAGGUUUAAGAAUUUGUUUAGCCUGAUUUCACUGUAUUGAUAUAUAUGUAUUGUUUUAAUGUAUAGUCAACACUAACCAGUGAUUAAUGAUGCAUAACAUUUUUUUUUUAUGUAUUUAAAUAUGCCAGCAGGAGUCCUUUUUAAUUUUAUUUCUAAUUGCUGAAUGAUUCAAGGCGAUCUCCUGUGUCCAUGCUCAAUUACAAAGAUCAGAACACAUUCACUUCUACUCUCUGUUCUGAUAAUUAUUAUGUAAACCAUUUAAUUUUUCUGUUUUCAAAUAUUUGAAAGAAUGUAUCAUUACAACAAAAUCUGAAAUUCCUGAAAAGUUCUUCACAAAGAAAGCAAAGCAUUGUCAGACCCUUGUGUAAGCAUAGACACCAGAUCUGUAUUUUAAUCAGAUUUGGUUCAUGGAUAUACUAAAUGCAUAUAACUAAAAUGUGUAUAUGUGUGUUAAAUGUACAUUUAUGUUGAUAUUUUUUCAGUUUUUUAUUCUCUUUAACAUUUAGAUGGCAAUGUUUGAAAUUUUUGUUGACCCAUAGGCAGUAUGCCUGCAGUUUUUAUGAAAGAUUUGUAUUAAGGUUAUGAAUUGUAAUGGAAUAAGCUUUGAUUUCUGUAAAAAAAACUCUUUGGGCCUGCUGGGUUUUCUGUAUGAUUUUUGACUCUCCUAUAGGAGAAAUGUACCUAUAAAAGUCAAUUAUUCAGCAAUCAAUUUCAAAAUAAUUAAAACCAGAAUUUUAAAUUGUUAGCUUUAAUGGGUAAUAAUACUUAACUUUAAUAAAGAUGUGUUUCCCUAGAUUUGCCAAAAUAAAGGAUGUUUUCUUUUUCAGUAUUCUGUUGUCAUGACAUUUUAUACAUUGUUAAUCCCUACCUAUAUUCUUAAGGCCAAUAAAUAAUAUGUCUGUUUAGGGUUACCUGACCGUUUCUAAUUUGAAAUCCGUAAAUCACUGACCCUAAGCCAUUUUAUUUCCGUUGUAAAUGGAAAAAAUAACUGGACUAGUCUCAAAAGCGUAGUUAGACAUCUCGAUGUUCACAGUUGUGCUUAUGACAGCUGUUUUAAGGAAACUGGUAACUCCUGUGAUGAAAAAACCACUUUGCCACCAUUUUUUUACCAAAAUAACAAAGGGAAAUAAUCCAAUCAUUUGAAAUAUGGAUCAAUUGGGCCCAUGGACAACUACGUCCAUGAAAAAACGGACCACAUUACAUAUCAUGUUGCAAAAAAUAAAAUGGAAAAACAAAAUAAAAUGAAGAUACCGACCUACCUUUCCUAUUUUUAAGUUUUACCCUUGUCCGUCUGUACGUCCGUCUGUACGUCCGUCCGUACGUCCCAAAGUUGGUUUCCUUUCUCUAACUUUAGUUUACCUCAACCAAAUGUGAUGUAACUUAUACACAAUGCUUAUUACCACAAAACACAGAUCGAGUUUGAAUUUUGGUAUAACCAUUCUAGAGUUAUGCCCCUUUACAAAUGGAAAAAUAUCUGAAUUUUUCGUUUCUGUUUUCUAACUUUAGUUUGCCUCAACCAAAUGUUAUGAAACGUAUACACCAUGCUUAUUACCACAUAAUACAGAUCAAGUUCGAAAUUGGACGGCGUCACUUUUACAAUUCUUGAGUUAUGUCCUUUAUAAACAUAAAAACUGCUGAAUUUUUCGUUUCCGUUCCCUAACUUUAGUUUGCCUUAACCAAAUGUUAUGAAACUUAUACACAAUGCUAAUUACCACAAAAUACAGAUCAAGUUUGAAUUUUGGUGGUGUCAUUUUUACCGUUCUAGAGUUAUGCCUGUUUACAAAUGGAAAAAUUGCUGAAUUUUUUGUUUCUGUUCUCUAACUUAAGUUAGCCUCAACCAAAUGUUAUGAGACCUAUACACAAUACUUAUUACCACAAAACUCAGAUCAAGUACAAAUUUGGGUAGGGUCACUUUUACUGUUCUUCAGUUAUGUUCCUUUAUAACUUUAUAUGAUAUGCAAGCGGGGGCAUCAUCUGUGUCCCAUGGACACAUUCCCCAUUUAUUUUUAGAUGAUGUAACCCUAAACAGACAUAUAUUAUUUUGGCCUAAUGAGUAAUUUACCAGAAACUUGUGUUCUAAAGUCAGCUUUUUUUUGUUUAUAUUAAAAAUGUAUUAUUUUAUUAAUAUGCAAUACAAACAUAAGAUUUUUCAAUUGUAAAUAUGAUCAGGACUAUUCCAGGAAAAGCUGUAUUUGGGUAAUGGGAUCUGUACUUUUCUAACUAAUUAUACAGUAUAAUUUCUUAUUUAAAUAUUUUAUCCUCAUGAAUAAUAUGGGUUACCUUCCUUAUCCCCUCAUUCUUUCCUGGAAAAGCUCUCAACAAAAUCUAUGCACCAGAAAAACAUCUAUACCAUUAUCAGCUUAUAUAAUUUGACUGGAGUGUAAUAUUUUGGCUAUAAUUUAUGCAUGUGUUUUUGUAUAGCUUUUAAAAAAUAACAGGCAGAAUUGAAGUAAAAAAAAAUAGGUUAAAGAUUAUUUUUGGUUAGAAGUAUUACAUGAUUAUGGAACAGCAAGCUUAUCUUUAUUUAUACUUUCAUUGCUUGAAAGCAGUUUUGUGAUUGAAAACAGUUCAGAUAUUUUUGCAAAAAUAGAUUUUCAAGGAUAACAACCAUACUGUUGCCCUCCCAACAUGACAUGGUGAGUGAAAUAAAAUGUUGUUUCCCACUGAAAAUUCAUUAGUAGGCAGACAACACUAUAGACGUGUAAACUGAGAGUCAAUAAGAUGAAUACAUGACAGAUAUUUGUAAAUCAUUUUUUGGGGUAAAGAUUGCAUUCAUGCAAUCAAAAGCUUUAUGUGGUUGGCUUGAUAGUUAUCAAUUUUCCAAACUUUAUCACUACUUUUGAGAUAAAUCCAACAUAGUGCAUUGAUCGCAACAUUCUAUACAUCUUAUCCAUGAAUGUUUCAGAAAUUUAUUAAUGAAAUAUAUGCACAGAUAUUGAACUUACAAACCAAAGUUUGUGUGUUACCUUACUUGUCAAAAAAUUGCAAAACUGGUACAAGUUACAUAAAUCUAGUAUCUGUUUUAAAAAUAUCAAUGAUGUCAUUGUUACAGUACUAUUUAAAAUUGGACUUAUCUUCCUUUGUCCAAAAUUGUAGUUGAACCAACUAAAAUCACAGUUUUGCCUGCCAAUGCUUAAUACAAUGAAAUGUUCAAUGUUUUGUUCCCACUGGUUAAUUGAAGUAAGCAUUACCCUUCAUUACUUACAAGCACUUUGUUUUUAAUUGUUAGAAGAAAAUAUAAUUCUUACUACUAAUUUUAGAAAUUGUGUGCAAACAUCCAUUAUUACUUUGCUUAACAAAUAAUUAAAGUAAACAUAUUUUGGCCUUCAUUAUCAUCACUAGAUGUCCAGAAUUGUAAACAUUUGGCCAGUAAAUUCUAAGAGGGGAAAAUGAACCUGAACUUUACAUUGCAUGAUACCUACUGAAAAUGCUGACCAUAACUCUAUGUUGUAUGCUUGAUGGUUAUCUGUGCCUACCAACCUCAUUAUACGACCGCAAAAAAAUUUUGUGGUCGUAUAUUGGUAUGACGUUGGCGUCGUUGUCGUCGUCGUUGUCCGGUGUUGUCGUCUUCGUCGUCCGAAGACACAUUGGUUUUCACACUCUAACUUUAGUUUAAGUGAAUGGUUCUCUAUGAAAUUUUACCAUAAGGUUCAAUACCACAAAAGGAAGGUUUGGAUUGAUUUUGGGGUUAUGGUACCAGCAGUUAAGGAAUUAGGGGCCAAAAAGGGACCAAAAAUAAGCAUUUUUGUAACUUCCAGACAUAACUUGUGUGUUAGUGUAUGGAUCUCUGUGACAUUGUACCACAAGGUUCCAUAUCACAAAGGGAAUGCUGGGAUUGAUUUUGGGGGUAAUUGUCUCAAAAUUUUAGGAAUUAGGGGCCAAAAAAGGGGCAAAAAACAAGCAUUUUUCUAGUUUCAUGACAAUAACUUGUGUGUAAGUGUAUGGAUCUUUAUGAAAUUGUACUACAAGGUUCCAUAUCACAAAGGGAGAGCUGGAAUUGAGUUUGGGGGUAAUUGCCCAAAACGUUUAGGUAUAAGGGGCCAAAAUAAGCAUUUUUCUAGUUUCCAGACAAUAACUUGUGUUCAAGAGUAUGGAUCUCUCUGAAUUUGUACUGCAAGGUACCAUACCACAAAUGGAAGGCUGGGAUUGAUUUUGGGGGGAAAUGCCUCAAAAUUUUAGGAAUUAGGGGCCAAAAAGGGGCCAAAAACAAGCAUUUUUCUAGUUUCAGGACAAUAACUUGUGUGUAAGUUAUGGAUCUUUAUGAAAUUGUACUACAAGGUUCCAUAUCACAAAGGGAAAGCUGGGUUUGAGUUUGGGGGUAAUUGCCCUAAACGUUUAGGAAUUUUGGGCCAAAAAGGGUAAAAAAACAAGCAAUUUUCUAGUUUCCAGACAAUAACUUGUGUUCAAGUUUAUGGAUCUCUCUGAAAUUGUACUGCAAGGUACCAUACCACAAAGGGAAGGCUGGGAUUGAGUUUGGGGGUGAUGAAUCAUAAGGGGGUUCAAAAAAUUUGGAGGAGGGAUUUUUUUUCCCUGUUUUUUCUUUCUUUUUUCUUUAAAAUUUUCCAUUUUAAAUUGGUUAUUUCUGCUUUAUAUAUAAAAGCAAAAAAUAAUGAUAUGGUUUGAAUCGGUAAAUUAAAAAUUUUUAAGUUCUUAGACCACAUUCAUUCUGUGUUAGAAACCUAUGCUGUGUCAAAUAUUUAAUCGCAAUCCAAAUUCAGUGCUGUAUCAAGCUUGAAUGUUGUGUCCAUACUUGCCCCAACUGUUCAGGGUUCGACCUCUGCGGUCGUAUCAAGCUGCGCCCAGCGGAGCAUUUUAUUAUAUAUUCUUCUGGAAUAGCCUUUGUAAAAGUGAAAAUGAUUGUAUAUGCAAAUAACUAAUUGUUAAAGCUAUAUUUAUUUAUAUAAUAUAUGUAUGUAUAUAUAUAUUUACCUAUGCAAAUUUUUUACAUACAUGUAUUUUACAACAUUUGUUAUGCAAAAUUAACAAAGGAUUUACUUUAUGAAGACAGUCAUAGAUAUUGUUUGAGCAUCAUGUAGGUGAGUUUAAAUAAUAAUGUCGUUUUUGAAAGGUUAACUGAUUUUAUUGCAAUGAAUGUUUCUAAGUAUAUAUAUCUGUUAGUCCACUGAGUGACUAUUGUAACUGAUUUCAUAUCAAUGUCUUGAAUAUGCAGGGAAUAUAUGCUGCUAUAUCAUAUGCAAGUUUGAGCAUCAUGUCAGUGAGUUUGAAUAAAAAUGUCGAUUUUGAAAGGUUAACUGAUUUUAUUGCAAUGAUUGUUUCUAAGUAUAUAUAUCUAUUAGCCGCCAGAGUGACUGUAUUGUAACUGAUUUCAUAUCAAUGUCUUGAACAUGCAUGGAAUAUAUGUUGCUAUAUCAUAUGCAAGUAACAAUCAAAGAAACAUAUCAUAUAGAAUUUAACUGCCAAAAAUGGACACAAUGCAAAUUCAGGAAUCAGCUUUUUGCAUAAGAAAAUUAAAACAUUGUUAUUAGAAACAAUACCAUAUUAACUUGGUAUGGUUUUAAUAUCAUUUUAGUCCUGAAUGUAAAGUUAAUUAAAUUGUUAAACAAUUGUAUGCAUGCUUUGAUAUUGGUUACUAGAUUGGAUUUGUAAUUUUUCAUGUUUCAUUUUAUUUUGCUAUUUUUUGUCGAGCCUGCGACUUUUGUCGCAGAAAGCUCGACAUAGGGAUAGCGAUCCGGCGGCGGCGGCGGCGGCGGCUACGGCGGCGGCGGCGGCGGCGGCGUUAGCUAACUUCUUAAAAGCUUUAUAUUUUAGAAGAUGGAAGACCUGGAUGCUUCAUACUUUGUAUAUGGAUGCCUCAUGUUACGAAGUUUCCGUCAGUCACAUGUCCAAUGUCCUUGACCUCAUUUUCAUGGUUCAGUGACUACUUGAAAAAAAAGUUAACAUUUUUUGUAAUGUUAAAUUCUCUCUUAUUAUAAGUAAUAGGAUAACUAUAUUUGGUAUGUGCGUACCUUGCAAGGUCCUCAUGCCCGUCAGACAGUUUUCACUUGACCUCGACCUCAUUUCAUGGAUCAGUGAACAAGGUUAAGUUUUCGUGGUCAAGUCCAUAUCUCAGAUACUAUAAGCAAUAGGUCUAGUAUAUUCGGUGUAUGGAAGGACUGUAAGGUGUACAUGUCCAACUGGCAAGUGUCAUCUGACCUUGACCUCAUUUUCAUGGUUCAGUGGUUAUAGUUAAGUUUUUGUGUUUUGGUCUGUUUUUCUUAUACUGUAUGCAAUAGGUCUACUAUAUUUGGUGUAUGGAAUGAUUGUAAGGUGUACAUGUCUAGCUGGCAGGUGUCAUCUGACCUUGACCUCAUUUUCAUGGUUCAGUGGUCAAAGUUAAGUUUUUGAGUUUUGGUCUUUUUUUCUAAUACUGCAUGCAAUAGGUCAGCUAUAUUUGGUGUAUGGAAUGAUUGUAAGGUGUACAUGUCUAGCUGGCAGGUGUCAUCUUACCUUGACCUCAUUUUCAUGGUUCAGUGGUCAAAGUUAAGUUUUUGAGUUUUGGUCCUUUUUUCUUAUACUAUAUGCAAUAGUUCAACUAUAUUUGGUGUAUGGAAAUAUUUUAUGAUCUAUAUGUCAGUCACGCAGGUUUUAUUUGACCUUGACCUCAUUUUCAAGGUUCAUUGCUCAGUGUUAAGUUUUUGUGUUUUCGUCUGUUUUUCUUAAACUAUAAGCAAUAGGUCAACUAUAUUUGUUGUAUGGAAGAAUUGUUAGCUGUACAUGCCUGCCUAGCAUGGUUCAUCUGACCUUGACCUCAUUUUCAUGGUUCAUUGGUCAAUGUUUAGUUUACUUGGUUAAUGUUAAGUUUAUGUGACAGUUGUAAUAAAGCUUUAUAUUUAGGACUAUCAACAUAAUAUCAAUGAUUAGUAAAGAAGGCGAGACAUUUCAGCGUGUGCACUCUUGUUUUCAUUGACAUCCUUUGAUAUUGAAUGCAACCAGGAUUUGAAUUUUCAAACUUUAAUUGCUUUGAGAAAGUUUUAAUAAAAAAAGGUUACCUUUAAUUGCAUUAAAAUAUUGACCAGCUUUAGUAAGGGUAAAACAGAAGGUAUUAUUUGGAGCUCAAUAAGCCCUCAGACCAAAUGUAUUUAAAAAUUUCUCUGUAUAGCAGAAUUAAAUGUUUAAUCUAUGUUACUCAAUAAAACAUUGCUAUUUUUGUUGGUAAAUUGUGUCUACAUUCAAUAGUGGAAUUUGGAGUCAGUUGUAGAAACUUUUGUUUAUAGUGCUCUAAUUGCUUAAUAUAUGUUGCACGAGAACUACAGGCAGAAGUUAUUCCAGCAUUAGUCCUUAUGUUUAAAACAUAUUCUAUAUUUAUAAGAAAUGUACAUUAAUUUGAAUUAUAUCAGUAAAAUAUAUGUAAAAUUACAAUAUGUUGUCAAUAAGUUUCCAUAGGAGUUAAUCUGAUAUUGCGCUUAUUGGUUAGCACUAGAAUAGUUUCUGUUAGAAAAUUAUUCAAUGCACAGUUACCUGUUUUGGUAAAAGGUUUUAUUAAUAUUCUAAUUGUUAAAAUAAAGUUAAGUGGAGGUGAAUUUUAUGUAUGAAUGCAAUCAUAUGGAAUUUUCAUCAAUGAAUAAAAAAAUCUUUUUACUUUAA